AAGAGAGGAGAGUCACGACUAAGUGUUGGAUUUUGACAUUGACCUCACUGCUGCAGUGUGUUUGAUGGUAGUUGAUGGGUUAGUUGAUGAUUCUUUUUGGUUGUUUAUGGUGUAUGCUUGAAUGUUGCAUUUGUGACAGUGGAAGUUGGUUACUUUAUACAGUCGGUGUUGUGUGAUUGAUGUGUGUAUGAUGGUGAUUUGGUGUGUGUGUGUUGAUACGUGAGUUGUGUGUUGUAUGUGAGGCGUGUGUCUGAUGGUGCUGGGUAACUGGGCUGUUGGGGCUAUGUAUCGGCGGUCGCCCUGUCACAGAAGCAGGGCCCACUUUGACUUUAGCGAGGACGUCGUCAAGGGACUCCAUGCCUCCAGCCACACUCACAGCUUUGAUGUGGAGAAUGGCCCUUCAGCCAGCUGUAGUCCGUUGGACCCCUCGGCCUCUCCCGGGUCAGGCCUGGUUCUACACACCAAUUUCCCCGGACACAACCAACGCAGAGAGUCCUUCCUGUACCGCUCAGACAGCGACUACGACCUCUCGCCCAAGUCCAUGUCCCGCAACUCAUCCAUUGCAUCUGAACUACAUGGUGAUGACUUGAUAGUAACGCCUUUUGCUCAGGUCCUCGCAAGCCUUCGAAGUGUAAGAAACAACUUCACAGUCCUGACCAAUGUCCAAUGUGCAUCCAACAAGAGGUCCCCUGUGGCCACUCAGCCUCCCAUCACCAGAGUCUGUUUGCCAGAUGAGUCGUACCAGAAGCUGGCUAUGGAGACCAUGGAGGAGCUGGACUGGUGCCUGGACCAGCUGGAGACCAUCCAGACCUACCGCUCUGUCAGUGACAUGGCCUCCAAUAAGUUCAAGAGAAUGUUGAAUCGGGAGCUGACACACCUGUCAGAGAUGAGUCGCUCCGGCAACCAGGUGUCCGAGUUCAUCUCCAACACCUUCCUAGACAAACAGAACGACAUGGACAUGCCGUCGGUGACGCCCAAGGAGAAGGCCGGCCGGGAGAAGAAGAAGAAGAAGCAGCUGAUGAUGACUCAGAUCAGUGGAGUGAAGAAGGUCUCUCACGGACCCUCCCUCUCCAGCUCCUCCAUCUCACGUUUCGGGGUCAAGACGGACAAGGAGGACAUGCUCUCCAAGGAGCUGGAGGAUCUGAAUAAGUGGGGGUUGAACAUCUUCACCGUGUCCGAGUACUCCGAACAUAGACCGCUCACCUGUAUCAUGUACGCCAUCUUCCAGGAGAGAGACCUGCUGAAGACGUUUAAGAUCCCGACGGAGACGUUUGUGGCGUACAUGAUGACCCUGGAGGACCAUUACCAUGGGGACGUGGCCUACCACAACAGCCUCCACGCGGCAGACGUGGCCCAGUCCACACACAUCCUGCUCUCCACCCCUGCCCUCGACGCGGUCUUCAGCGAUCUGGAGAUCUUGGCGGCCAUCUUUGCUGCAGCCAUCCAUGAUGUCGACCACCCGGGGGUGUCCAACCAGUUCCUCAUCAAUACCAACUCUGAGCUGGCCCUGAUGUACAACGAUGAGUCCGUCUUAGAGAACCACCACCUGGCUGUGGGCUUCAAGCUGCUCCAGGGGGACAACUGUGACAUCUUCCAGAAUCUGACCAAGAAGCAGAGGCAGAGCCUGAGGAAGAUGGUCAUCGACAUGGUCCUGGCCACUGACAUGUCCAAGCACAUGAGUCUGUUAGCGGACCUGAAGACCAUGGUGGAGACCAAGAAGGUGACCAGCUCUGGGGUCCUGCUGCUGGACAACUACACCGACAGAAUACAGGUGCUGAGGAACAUGGUUCACUGUGCUGACCUGAGUAACCCGACCAAGUCCCUGGAGCUGUACCGUCAGUGGACCGACCGCAUCAUGGAGGAGUUCUUCCACCAGGGAGACAGGGAGAGGGAGAGAGGCAUGGAGAUCAGCCCCAUGUGUGACAAACACACCGCUUCAGUAGAGAAAAGCCAGGUGGGCUUCAUAGACUACAUUGUCCACCCUCUGUGGGAGACUUGGGCUGACCUGGUUCACCCUGACGCCCAGGACAUCCUGGACACUCUGGAGGACAACAGGAACUGGUACCAGAGCAUGAUCCCCCAGAGCCCCUCUCCUCCUUGGGCCACAGAGCAGGGGGAUCAGGAGGGAGGCGAAGGGGGCCAGGGGGGAGACAAGUUCCAGUUUGAACUCACCCUGGAGGAGGAGGACUCUGAGGGUACAGAGAAAGAUGAACAGAGCCAGGGGGAUGAGGAGGAGGAGGAUAGUCUGGGGGAGGCGUCACGGUCUCCGGUAGACUACUCGGACUGUCAGGACCCCGAGGAAUCCAUGGUGCCCACGUCGUCCAUAGAGAUCAUUACCCACGAUGCAUCACCCACAGACACAUAAUGGGCUCUGCUGCACCGCGAAGGUGGUUGGUUUCAUGUUUUAAACAGGAGAAAUCCUGCAGCUGUGCUUUUUAACAAGCCCACGAUGGGCUUAGUUUGAGCCCGGAUGGGGCGUCAGUUUAACCCCACCCUAUCCUUGCACUUGCGUUAGGAGCCGGCGACAGAGGGACAGUUUCAGUGGGGCGGCUACAAAGUUCUCAGGAAAAAUGCUGCAAACAUUUUGGACCUGACGGAACGGACAGGCCUCGAGGAAAUGAAGGACUUGGGCCAAUCUGGGAAACGGUUAUUUUUCCAUCCAGACUGGCAUCUGAAAUGUUGACACUACUACUGAGAGAAGUUUUGUACCUUGUGACUUUUUUUACGAAGAGGUAGCGUUUGAACUACUGACGGAUGGACGUGUGUUUGUAUAGAGAGAGAAAACUGUUUACUUUUUUCCUGUACCAUUUUGUCAAAAUACUUUUCUGUGUCUUUUUUACUAUUGUCUUUUUAAUCCUUUUUUUAAUUUAUUGAACACACUUUAGUAUGUACGGGAAAUGGGUUUUUUCUUUCUAAAGAGUUACCCGAAAGCUCAAGAGCAAAAUCCUUUUUAUAUCUCAGACAAAGAGAACAGUCUUCCUUACUAGUAUUGGGCAAUAGAAGAAAUCAAACUAACUUAGACAAACAGUUCUUGGACAAACUCAUCAAAUACUUAAAACAUGACAUCUCAUAAUAAGAUACCAUUUCAAUCCAAGCACAACAUAUAUGUUUCUCUAUGGAAAUCACGAUUCACUGUAGAUGAACGGUAGGCAGAUAGAUCACUAUAACUCAACAACAUAUAUGUUUCUCUAUGGAAAUCACGAUUCACGUUACAUUGUUGCUAGAUUGUUGCUUCGUGUGUCUGACCUCACUGUAGAUGAACGGUAGGCAGAUAGAUCACUAUAACUCAACAACAACAAAACAAUUAGACCCAUUUCUCCCCAUCUAAUCUGCUUCCCCUCAUUCUCCUUGAAGGACCCCCCCCCCCCCCCCCACUACCAUCAUGGCUCAAAUCCUGAUAAUACUCAGACUUCAAGUUAGAAGGAUAUUUCUAGCUCCAUCUCAAGCAAUUGUGUAUUAAUCCUAUUCGACCAAAUGAUUCCAGAACCCACCUGGUUCUGAUGCUGUAACAAAUCAAGGACCCGGCCAGAUGAUGAAAGGUGGUCAGGCGGAUGCCUGUGUAGAAUCCCAGUCACACCUUGGUUAGCUGUGUUAUUAUUCACGUUUUUUUUUACAAACUCCUGACUCUGUGAAUCUGACCCCUAAAACAAUCAGCUAUUUCUUCCUCCACCAAAAAAAGGGAAUAACUGAAGGAGAUGCUGCGUCCAUUGACGUCAAUCGAAACAUUCUUCUUUUUUUCUCUCUUCCCUUCCCACUAACUGUAUCACAUUUCCUGGCCGGCCCGGGGAGUUUAUCAGGAUUUGAUCCGUUAGAUGUAAUCUUUAGAAUAGAUUUGGCACUUACAAACUGUAGAGUUUGUGCUUAUUUUGAGAACAAUAGGAUGAUAACCCACAGAAGGGUAUCUAGAGAUUUACGUGACAGAGAUACCAAACCAAAAGGCCCCCGGACAGUGUAAUUCACUGUAUCUUUGGGUCAGCAUUAAAACCAUCCACGCCUGAAAAUCUGCUAGGUAGAUCUUCCCUCAUAGGUCUCCAUGACUGGUUUUCAGAUAUCACCAAUCCUCCCGCCAUUGUUCCCUUAGGUUUACUGACAUACUCAAAGGUACUUCAACUGCCUUAUUGACUAUACCCUCACUCCAGCAGACUUACAUGGCAAUCGUGUGUGUCAGUGAGUGUGUGUGCGUGUACGAGUAUCAGAAAGUGUGUUUGUGGGAGUAAGUGUGUGUGUGCGUCCGUGUAGCCUUUGCCACCUGGCCUGACCGGACUCCACACUUCCUGUUCCUGUUUGUCACUAGAGCUCAAGUUGGUCCUUUGCUGUUUAUAACAGUGUAUUUAUUACUUUGAGCUGUACAUAAGAAUACUGUUUCAGUCAGUGUAAAUCUAUUUAAAUGUAUAUGUACUUGCGUUACCUGGAAGUCGGUGGCGUGUUCAAGGCUCUGCGUCGGAGUCUUUUUUUAAGAUUCUUUAUUGUAACAUUGUCUCUUUUUUUAAAGUAUAUAUAUAUUAUAUCCUAAGUAAAUAUAUUCACACAAAUGUUUGAGUGCCCUGAGCAACAGCUAACGAGACAUGUAGGUUGACAACGCAUAGAGGAUAUGUUAAACGACAGAGACCUGGGAAGAGUUCCAAAAAUACAAGCCCGCUGUGUGGCUUUUAUACUGUAGUCUAUCACUUAGGCUCGGUAUCAAUAUCAGACCUACAAACCAAGACUCUCUGAGCAGCUUGUAGUAAGCUAGUAACCAGACUCCUCUGUAUACAACAUUUUGAAUGCAGAUGGCUGAUUUUGGGGUUCAGAUCUACUGGUUCAACGGCAGCAGACAGAAACAACAGGAAGACAGACGCACACAGAACCAAGUGUCUUCGUCUUUACACCUCGCACGUACUUACUUAUAUGUGAAGUUGUUCAAGGGGAUUAUUGGUGGCAUGCUACAAUAUCUCUGAGCACCCGCGUGAUGAAUCGUUACAAAAAUGUGAUCUUCUUGUAAUUGAGCGUGCUAAUGUCAACUAGUUUUAUCCGACCAAAACUUGUUAGCAGUUUUGAAAUACAAAAUUUGUCAUCAGUAUAACAUUGUUAAUCUAUGUUCAAGCUUUUUGGUCUGAGUCGUUUCCAAGUGACUAGCCAGACUUAGCACUAUCUGCAUGAGAGGUGGUUUUUAUGUCUGUUGAAGACCUACCUACUGCGUUGCAGUUGCAGAUGGACAUAUUAAAUGUUUCACACAAUGUAUGGUAUAAUAUUGUAUAUUGUGUUCAAGUAUCUGAAAAUCUGAAAUACUUUUUCUAAUUAAAAAAAAACAAAGCAUGA